AUGCAGCGGAAAAGACAUGGACAAGAACUGGAUUUAAAGAUUUAAAGCAUAUAAACCAGAAAAUUAGUAAGCAUGAAAAUUCGGCUCGUCACAUGAUUUGUUCGACAGAAUUAGCUUUAUUGGGAACAGCUAGUAUCGCUGCUCAGUUAGAUUCCGCUUACAGGCAAAAUAUUAUUAAGCACAACGAGCAAGUGGACAAAAAUAGAUAUCUUUUAAAAAGAAUAAUAAACUGUAUAAAGUUUUGCGGUAAAUUGGAAUUAGCGUUAAGAGGGCACGACGAAAGUGAAGACUCUGAAAAUCGUGGCAUUUUUCGAGAGUUGAUUAAUUUUACAUCCGAACUGGAUACAAUAUUAAAGGAACAUUUAAAAAGUGCGACUCUGUUUAAGGGUACUUCUAAAACAGUACAAAAUGAAAUACUAGAUAGUAUGUUGGAAGUCUGCCAACAAGAAAUUCGACAGCAAAUUAAUGCAGCAGAGUUUUUAGCUAUACAGUGCGACGAAACAACAGAUAUUUCACAUCAUUGUCAAAUGGUAAUGAUAUUUAGAUAUCUCCAUGAAGGUGAAAUACAAGAAAGAUUUUGGCGUUUUUUGAGCGUUACGGACAAGACAGCUGAAGGUUUGGCAAAGUGUAUCGAAGAAGAACUAGGCCCAUUAUUAAAAGAUUCACCCCACAAAUUAAUUGCGCAAACUUAUGAUGGUGCAAACGUAAUGAGCGGUAGCAGUGGUGGAGUUCAAACAAAAUCAAACAAAAAUAUCAGAACGCUCAUUUUAUACACUGUUACGCUCACCAACUGA